UGACGUCGCCCGAUUCCAAGAUGUCAGGCACUGGGGAAACCACAUGGAGAAAUCCCGCAGAGGAUGAGGAGGAAGAUGAAGGUAUGGAAGAGUCGGGCAGCGAGGAUGAAGAUGACGAGGGUGAUAUUAUGGAAGAAGAGGAGGACGAUGAGAAGGACAAAGGGCCCAAGCGGGUCUAUUUGCCCGGGAUGGAGCCUCUUAAGGAGGGAGAAGAGCUGGUGAUGGACCAGGAGGCGUAUGUACUGUAUCACCAGGCACAGACAGGUGCACCAUGUUUAAGUUUUGAUGUCAUCCGUGAUACCCUGGGGGAAAAUCGCACAGAUUACCCGCUGACUAUGUACCUCUGCGCUGGUACUCAGGCCGACUCUGCUCAAGGCAACAGGAUGCUGGUAAUGAAAAUGUACAAUUUGCACCGUACAAGCAAGGAAAAGAAAGAUGAUUCCGAUUCUGAAAGCAGUGACAGUGGCGAAGAAGAGGACGAGGAAGAAAAGAAGCCUCAGUUAGAGCUCGCUAUGGUGCCUCAUUAUGGUGGCAUUAAUAGAAUUCGCGUAUCUACAAUGGGGGAAGUACCCGUGGCUGCUGUCUGGUCAGAGAAAGGGCAAGUGGAUAUUUAUGAUCUAAGGAAGCAACUGUCGGCUGUGUCAGACUCUCAGGUGCUCGCUGCUUUUCUGAAGGAGGAACAAGCCAAAAUCAAACCAGUGUUUUCUUUCUCCGGGCACAUGACCGAAGGGUUUGCAAUGGAUUGGUCUCCAAAAACAGCAGGGCGCUUGGUUACUGGUGACUGCAAUAAGAACAUCCAUCUGUGGGAUCCAAGAGAAGGGGGAACGUGGCAUGUUGACCAGAGACCAUUCACGGGCCAUACUAAAUCUGUUGAGGAUCUUCAGUGGUCUCCUACAGAAGCCACGGUGUUUGCCUCGUGCUCCGUUGAUGCUUCCAUUCGUAUUUGGGACGUCCGAGCAGCCCCUAAUAAAGCCUGCAUGCUGACUGCCAGCCAAGCCCAUGAGAGUGAUGUCAAUGUGAUCAGCUGGAACCACCAAGAACCUUUCAUUGUUAGCGGAGGAGAUGAUGGUGUCUUAAAGAUCUGGGACCUUCGCCAGUUCCAGAAAGGAGUGAGCGUUGCCAAGUUCAAACAGCACACAGCUCCAAUCACGUCAGUAGAGUGGCACCCAACCGACAGCGGCGUCUUUGCAGCGUCGGGAGCCGACGACCAGAUAACACAGUGGGAUCUUGCAGUUGAAAGAGAUCAGGAUCAGGAGGCAGAAACAGAAGACCCAGCAUUGGCAGGCAUCCCUCCCCAGCUGCUGUUUGUCCAUCAAGGAGAAAAAGACAUUAAAGAACUUCAUUGGCAUCCCCAGUGCCCGGGAGUAGUCGUCAGCACAGCCCUGUCCGGCUUUAAUGUUUUCCGUACGAUCAGUGUGUGAUGUUUUUACUGUCCCACUUGCUGCACAGAAACCUGCAGUUGAUUCAUGUUUUCUAACAAGUACUGAAAGGUUAACCAUGGUCAAGAAACCACCAUAACUUAAAAGACUGGAGACUGAUAGUGGCCUGAAUGGUAUUGCAGCAGUAAUAAAUAGCAUCACUGUGGCUUACAAAAAUCACUCAGAAAAUAUUGGCAAGCUGUUGUUUUUCCUCAUCAACAAUGUCUGUUCUAAUUAAGCUUGUGUGAAUACUUCCCCAUCACUCCGCUGCAAAUCCUUACUAGCCCCUACACAGUGCUGACUGGCCAACAUUUUAAACAGUCACUUUAAGUUUAGCUGAGCUUAUACCUAAAUGCAGCAUAUACUGACGAUGGAACUACUGCAGCUGCAAUAAGCAAAUUUCUAUUUGCGAAUUUGUUAAAAAAAAAAAAAAUGCCAGAAGUUAACUGUCCGGGUUAAGUAUUUUUGAAAAUCUUGGUAACAUACUUGAAUAUAUACCCUUUUUUUUCCCCACCAAGAACCAGGGCAUGGUAAAUAUUAAAGUCUUUUUAAAAAGGUAGUUUGCCUCUUAAUUGGGCACAUAUUACUCUAAAAUUGCAGGCUAAUAGAGCCACCACUAUGGCUGAGGGAAACAAUAGUUAAAAAAAAAAAGAAAACCUCAGUCCCUGCCAGUGCUAGGGUGCCAGCACUGGGAGGGAGCUCUUGGUACAGGCGGCCAUGUUAUUAAGCAUGCAUAUGAGGGAGACUCCCCACUCGCUCAUUGCUCACAUGCUUGUGACAUUGGAGCUGAGGAUUCUCGCCAAUGUCACACUCUCGUUAUGCGCGUGCAAGUGCCACAACAUGGCUGCCCAAAUACUGUAGGGGGCUAUUUUUUAAAAAACAAAACAAAUUUGUUUCCUCCAAUCGGAGUGUAGGCUUUACUAGCUCUCACCUGGUGCGGGAAGCAAUUUUAGGGUGCCCUUUAAGUUAACUUUUAGAAUGUUAUGUUAUUUACAACUGAAUUAUUCUUCACAGUUGUUUGUCUUCCUCUCCUCAUCUGGUUGUUACUGACCCCAGCAACCAACUGCAUUGCUCUAUGAGGCUUCAGUUUUACUAAUUGUUAUACUUUCCAUUUGGGCCCUCUACUAUCUAUUCACUAAACUGAACUCGUUCAACCAGAUUUUAAAGCUAAAUAAUUUACAAACCAUGAGACAAGAGUCCAACCCAACUGUAAAUUAUCUGCAUAAGCAUCUACAUCAGUGUCUCUUUAUCCUAAAUUAAAGCUGUGACCCAAUAGUUAGUUUAGAACCAGUUACAUGCCUUGUUUCGAUUAUUUUCCAGAAAGAAAUGAAUGUCACAUUAUAAAAGUGAUCAUGAAGACACAGGGACACGAUUUUGGGUCCUGACCCAUAGGUUCAGAAUCUCUGCAAUAAGGCUAAUACCACACCAGGCUAUUACUCCGCCUACAUAUGCUAAUGGAAUGUGUCCAAUAUACGGUCUAUGUAACCUACAGAUUGCAAAUUAUAAUUUAUAUGAAAGAAAGUAAGUAUUUUUAAGAAGUUUUAGGAAACAAGUAGGGCUAUGACAACCACAGGAAGUGGAAUAAGCGCAAUCCCCCCUUCCGUCAUCAGAAUUUACAUAAACAUGUUGCAAUAUUUUUUAUUACAAAUAGCCUAUAUUUGAUAACUGAUACUUGAUAGUCUCCCUAUAAAUAAAUACUUGCUCAGUGUAUAGAAAGCUUAUUACUGUGAAGUCCUGAUUUUAUGGCCACUUGUAAACAUUUUCAAAGAAUAAAAACAAACCAUUUUGUUGUA